UCGACAUAAAGGCCACCUCCAUUUUCUCCUUCCUCUCCCACCUCCUCUCCUCAGAUCCCGAUCUCCCUCCCGACCCAUGGCGUCGUCGUCGCCGCCGGCGCCUCCCACGUCGAGGCCGCCGCCGCCAUUCGCCCCGCAAAACCCUAAACCGGUGCCCGGCUCCCUCCCGGCGGCCUUCUCCAGCAUGCAGAUCUCCCGCGCGCCCCCGCCCUUCGCAGCCCCCGGCGGGCCGCCUCCCGGGAACGGCCCCGCCGCGACCUCGUCGAUCCGCGCGCCGCCUCCCGGCGCCCGACCGUUCCUUGGCAGCCUUCCGCCUCCACCGUUCGCCGCCCGGCCUGCAGCACCCUUGCAGCAGCCUCCGCCUCCCUUCGGCGGCCCGCCGGCCACGCUGGCGUCGCAGCCCCAGAUGCAGAUGCAGCGGCCCACAUUCGGUGGUCUGCUGUCCGGUCCGCGGUCGCAGGUGCAGCGGGCACCAUUCGGUGAACCGCCCUCGGGAGUACCGCAGCAGCCGCCGUCGUUCGGUGGGCCGCCCGCGGCUGCGUCUCAACCUGACCCGUUCAGUGGGCCACCCGCGGCGACGUCUCAGCCACCCCCGUUCGGCGGACCACCUGCAGCGGUGUCACAGCUUUCCCCGUUUGGCGGGCCUCCUCCAGCAGCAGCACCAGCUCAACCGGCUCCGAUCGGCGGGGCGCUGUAUUCCGCAGCUCAGCCACCACCAUUUGGUGGGCCGCCGGGGGCAGUGCCUCAAACAGCACCCUCUGGCGGGUUGAGACCGCCAUUUGGUUGGCCACCAGCACAGUCGCAGCAGGUGCAGUUUGGUGGGCCACCGCAGUUUGGAGGACCAAGACCAGGUGCGCAGCCUCCGCCAUUUGGGGCUCAGGCUGCGCCUAUCUCGCAGGCACCACCAUUCAUGGGGCCUCCAGGGGGUAAUGCUCCAACAUUUGUGCCUCCAGGGUGGCAGGGCCAAUCACGACCAGGAGCUGUGCCUGGUGGUAUGCAGCCAUCUAUGAGAAUGUCUGGCAUGCCUGGUGGCAUGGCGCCCAAUGCCCUUGGCCAAGGGAUGCUGCCUGCGUCAACACCCACCAUGCCAUACUCUCCCCAUGCUGGAGCCCAGGUCUCAACCCCAUCCAAAAUUGACCCUAAUCAAAUUCCACGGCCAAUUCCUGAGACAUCGGUCAUCAUCUUUGAGACCCGGCAAGGUGGCCAAGCUGCUGUCCCACCGGCUGCCUCCAGUGAAUUUAUCGUGAAGGACACUGGCAAUUGCAACCCCCGUUUGAUGAGGUGCACCAUGAAUCAGAUACCAUGUACAGGGGAUCUCCUGACAACAUCAGGAAUGCCAUUGGCCUUGUUGGUGCAACCUUUCGCUCUUCCUCAUCCAUCCGAGGAGCCUAUCCAGCUUGUAGAUUUUGGAGACAUGGGCCCCAUUAGGUGUUCGCGCUGCAAAGCAUACAUAAAUCCUUUCAUGAGAUUCAUUGAUCAAGGGAAACAGUUUAUAUGUAACUUAUGUGGAUUUAGCAAUGAUACUCCAAGGGAGUACUUCUGCAACUUGGGCCCUGAUGGUAGGCGACGUGAUGCCGAUGACAGGCCUGAGUUAUGUAGAGGAACAGUUGAAUUCAUUGCAACCAAGGAGUUUCUGGUUCGUGACCCAAUGCCUGCUGUAUAUUUCUUCCUUAUUGAUGUCUCCAUGAAUGCUGUACAUACCGGUGCAACUGCUGCAGCCUGCAGUGCAAUUUCCCAGGCCCUUUCAGACCUUCCUGAAGGCCCUCGAACUAUGGUUGGAAUUGCUACAUUCGAUUCUGCUAUUCACUUCUACAGCCUUAAACGAGCUCAACAACUGCCUUUGAUGCUUAUUGUUCCUGAUGUCCAAGAUGUGUACACUCCACUUCAAACGGACCUAAUUCUCCCAAUUUCUGAGUGCUGUGAGAAUUUGGAGCAACUACUGGAGAGCAUCCCAAACAUGUUUGAGAACAACAGGGUUGCUGAUUCGGCAUUCGGUGCUGCUAUGAAGGCAAGUUUUCUAGCUAUGAAGUCAACUGGUGGAAAGUUGCUUGUGUUUCAGUCAGUGCUACCAUCAGUUGGGAUUGGUUCAUUGUCUGCUAGGGAAGCUGAUGGUAGAUCAAAUAUUUCCACUGCAGAUAAGGAAGCACAUAAGCUCCUGCAGCCUGUUGAUAAGACUCUCAAGACAAUGGCACUAGAAUUUGCUGAGUACCAAGUUUGUGUAGAUGUGUUCCUUACCACACAGUCAUAUGUAGAUAUUGCUUCAAUAUCAGUUGUUCCCAAUACCACUGGUGGCCGGGUUUACUACUAUUAUCCAUUUUCUGCUCUUUCUGAUCCAGCCAAACUCUUUAACGAUCUCAGAUGGAAUAUUAGUAGACCCCAGGGCUUUGAGGCUGUCAUGCGUGUCAGGUGCAGUCAGGGGCUUCAAGUUCAAGACUAUUUUGGCAAUUUCUGCAAGCGUGUCCCUACUGAUAUUGAUCUUCCUGCGAUUGACUCGGACAAAACCAUAAUGGUUACCUUUAAGCAUGAUGACAAAUUGCAGGAAAAUUCAGAAUGUGCUUUCCAGUGUGCACUGCUUUACACAACAGUAUUUGGGCAAAGAAGGAUACGGGUCAUAAACCUCUCGCUUUCAUGCACAAAUAUGCUCAGCAACCUUUUCCGAUAUGCUGAUCUGGAAACACAAUUCACAUAUGUUGUAAAGCAAGCUGCAAAUGGCAUUCCAUCAACUCCUCUAUCUCAAGUUAGGGACCAAGUAACAAAUACAUGUAUCAGUAUCCUCCAGUCCUACCGAAAAUAUUGUACAUCUGUAAGUUCUUCUGGGCAGUUGAUUCUUCCGGAGGCUCUGAAACUUCUGCCGUUGUAUACUCUAGCAUUAACUAAAAGCAUAGGAUUGUGCAAUGAUGGGAGAUUGGAUGAUCGGUCCUAUUGGGCCUCUAUUGUCUCUUCAAUUUCUGUGUUACUAGCUAUUCAAUUGGUGUUUCCUAGGAUGAUUGCCCUCCACGAUCUUACAUCAAGGGAUGAUGAUGAUUCCCUCAUACCGAGUCCCCUUACACUCAAUAGUGAGAAUAUACAUGAUGAUGGAGUUUAUUUGUUGGAAAAUGGUGAGGAUGGUUAUAUUUAUGUUGGUAAUUCGGUAGACCCUGUCACCAUCGAGCAAAUAUUCGGUGUCUCGUCUUUGGCUGGAGUAUCAAAUCAGUUGGUACUGGAGCAAUUUGAUAAUGAACUCUCUAGGAAAGUAAAUGAGGUGGUGAAUGAAAUAAGGCGUCAGAGAUGCUCUUACUUGAGAUUGAGACUAUGCAAAAAGGGUGACCCAUCUGGAGAUUUCUUCCGUUCACUAUUGGUUGAGGACAAGGCACCGGGCGGCCUUUCCUAUGUUGAGUUCCUUGUACAUGUUCACAGGCAAAUCCAAAGCAAGAUGACCUGAGGUGACCCACCUCAUUGUUGUAAUAUUUUGGUUGGUAGGAGCCCAGAAGAAAUCGAUUUCUGCAUGAGGAAAAAACUGAACAAACGAACCGGGGACUCUCCAAAGCGCAACCUGAUUCGCACUUGGAGGGCCGUUGCAGAAUCGACAGGAUUCUGCAACCUCUUAGCUUAGGCGAUAUAUGUUUCUGUACAGAGAUGAGUGAAAUCUUGUCUUAGAAUGUGAAAGUAUUUAUUUUGGUUGUGAACAGCGGCUGUAUUAUGUCCAGAGGAAGCUUAUAGAGGAAUUGGGCAAAUAAUGUUGUAUGGUUACCCCUGCGAGUCAUAUGGUUGUAGUGGAUGUUCAUAGAAUAAAUGAUUCACAAGAAGCAGGUGAAUAUCAUGAUUCAUGGUCCCCAAUUGUUUUGGUUUUAACCCCAUUGGUACUUGCAAGAAUGAAGCUGACAACCAUACGCUAUUCCCGCCUUCAUUCUGUUUCGCUA